AAGGCUGGAGCUCCAAUCCUAGUGGGCUGGAUUGUAUUAUCAAGGCUGGAGCUUUAAUCCUAGUGGCUGGAUUACAUUAUCAAGGCUGGAGUUUUAAUCCUAGUGGCUGGAUUACAUUAUCAAGGCUGGAGCUUUAAUCCUAGUGGCUGGAUUACAUUAUCAAGGCUGGAGCUUUAAUAUCAGUGGCUGACUUGUACUAAAUCUGAUUUACAUUACAUAUCCUGCCCCCUAUGGGGCCGUGAACAAGCCAAAAACCCAGCCUACAGCACUAAUCUGAGUGUGCCAACUCUAAAACAGCCUAUAUUAUAUUAACGUUGAUACCUCUGUGCAUUCUGCCCCCUCUGUGGCAGUGCAUUCGCCAUCUGCCAGUGUAUCCUACCCCCUCCGUGGUAGUACGCUGUGCCAGUUCGGGUCUUUACAUCCUGCCCCCUCCGUGGCAGUGUACUGCACCCAGGUUCAUAUAAGAUGGCAGAACAGCCAGGCAUGUCACCAUCAACACACAUGGUGCCAGAUCAGCCAGACAUGCCACAAUCAGCCAAGCCACAACAUACUAACACGUCUAAGACCAGACAUGCCAAAGCACUGGCUAAGACAAAACAUCUUUCCAGCCAUAGUAAACCAAAGCGCCCUCGUUAUGUCUCUGUGCCAACAACCACCACAGCACAGACACACAUAAGUGAUAUUUUCCAUUCUCCUGCUACUGCCUCUGACGAGGAAGAGUUUGUUGGCUUUCCCCCUCACGGUUCGCCUAACGAACCUACCUCUGGCUUACCGCCUCAGACAUCUGUUCCAAUAGCCCACCAGGCACAUACAUCUCACACAUCUGGUCUGCAGCUGUCUCCUGAUUUCCUCUCCCAACUCCAAGCCAUGCUGGCUUAUUUCACACAAAUGCAGUCACUACCACAGGUUCCUGCCAGACCCCCACUCAACAUGGACCAACGCGCGUUCCAUGCUGCUCAUCCUUCCUGCUCGCCAGAUCCCUUCGAUUUAGCCAGAGGCAGAUGUACGGACGAAGCCUCGUAUGCGGAGGAGUUAACUUUCACUGACCAUGUUGAAGGAGACGACUGGAGCGACUAUUCAGAUCAUGAGGAGGAUACAUCGUAUCGCUUGUUCAAUACCUCAGAUUACCAACCGCUCGCACGUAGGGUACUUCAUACCCUUGGUCUCCAGACUGCGCCCUCAACUUCGUCCGCUCCAACUCUCAAAGGGGCCAAGGUCCUCAAAUCCCCUGCACCUACUGAACACUACAUCCCGGUGCCGGACCCAAUUGCCAAAUUAGCUUCCGAAGAAUGGGCCCACCCGCUCAAAGCUCGACGCUUCAAGAACAUGGCUGACAGACUUUACGCCCUAGCCCCAGACUUCGCCACCAAGUUAGAUGUCCCUGGCAUAGAUGAACCGAUCGCUCGCCUCGUUUCACGAUCUAUCUUGCCCAGGGAAGGGGAAUCCCACCUAAAAGAUACUACUGAACGUCGAAUAGACUUCGCCCUCCGCAAGAACCACGAGGCCACUGCCCUAGCCAUGCGUGCCUCUGCCUCAGCCUCCAUCUUCUCCAGAGCAUCUAUGAUGUGGCUGGAUGACCUUCUAGAGGACGAUAACCCUGAUCCUGUCGCCUUCAAAAGAGCACUAUUGAAGUUACGUAAGACAGCAGCCUUUGUGGCCGAUGCCACCCAAUUAGGGGCACGAGCCAUGACGACUCAAAUAGUCGCUCGUCGCACCCUCUGGCUUCGCCACUGGCAAGCUGAUUCAGCGGCUAGAUUGAACCUGUCCAAGGCUCCUUACUCCGGAUCUCUACUCUUCGGUGAGGAAGCUCUAAAGGCAGUUCUGGUUGAUCCAAAAGACGCCCACAAACCGGUUCUAGCCACAAUCAAGAACAUCGACCACAGGCCCCUCAGGCGAUUUCCCUCCUUUCGUUCUAACCAGCCCUUUCGAGGAACGCGACCAGGAGGACGAGGCCGCGAUUUCAGACCCUAUGAUUCCAACGCAUUCAGGGGCUCCUGGAACCGACGCCCCCAGGGCAGAGACCUACGGCUGGCUGGUCAACUUCGACAAAAGCCAUCUCCAACCAACCCAACGCCUACUACAUCUUGGGGCAAUGUUGGACACCCUGCAGGCAAUGGUCUUCCUGUCUCCAGAUCGCAUCACUGCCAUCACAAGCAUCGCAAGGUCCCUGAUGCAACAAACAUCCGCAGACGUCAUGCUUCUCGCCAGAGCGCUCGGGAUGUUUAUCUCCACAAUCCACAUUGUACCCUGGGCUCGAGCUCACACUCGGCCCCUUCAGUGGACUCUGUUGCCUUUUCAAAAAGACAUUGCCAGCUCCAACCAUCGCAAAGUUCGUUUGAGCCCCGCUCUGCGCCUCUCCUUCCGCUGGUGGACCAAGGUUCAACACCUCUCCAAGGGCACGUCGUUCAGAGAACCCCGCAGAACCGUCGUGACCACAGACGCCAGCCUCAUAGGUUGGGGAGCCCACUGCAACUCCCAGUAUGUUCAGGGGGUUUGGCCCAACGCAGAGCGAGCUCGAAGCAUCAACUGGCUGGAACUAAAGGCUGUCCACUUGGCUCUAUGUCAUUUUCAGUCUCUGUUCCCUUUGCAUCAUGUGCUCAUUCGAACAGACAACACGUGUGUAAAAUCACAUUUGAACAGACAAGGGGGCACCAGGUCUCGUCCUCUGCAGGACUUAGCCUCCCUCAUCUUUGUCUGGGCAGAACAACAUCUACAAUCCCUGAAAGCAGAGCACCUCAAAGGGAUUUUGAAUGUGACAGCAGACUGGCUCAGCAGACAACAGGUCUUCCCGGGAGAAUGGAAACUUCAUCCAGCCAUUUUCCAUCGUCUCCAGUGUCGGUUCGGCGCCCUCUCAGUCGACCUGUUUGCUUCCAGUCACAAUUGCCAGCUUCCCAGGUACUUUGCCCGAUACCUGGACUCAACAGCAGAAGCAGUGGAUGCUCUGACAACACCGUGGCCAGACGGUCUAUUGUACGCCUUUCCUCCCAUACCAUUGUUAGCCAAAACCUUGAGGAAGCCGCGAACCGAAAGGGCACAGCUGGUUCUGAUAGCACCAUUUUGGCCACGCCGUCCGUGGUUCUCAGAUCUUCUGGCAAUGUCAAUGAUGGACCCUUGGACACUUCCAGUAACGCCAGACCUCUUAUCCCAGGGUCCAGUACUGCACCAGGACCCUACUUGGCUCAAUCUAACAGCGUGGCGUUUGAACGGAGACACUUGAGGUCAGCUGGACUGUCUGACGCUGUGAUUGAUAUUAUUUUGGCCUCGAGAAGACCAUCUACCACUCGCAUUUAUCAACAUACUUGGGUGGCUUUCUCCAAGUGGUGUCAGUCCCACCACCACGAUCCAUCCCAGGCCAAUGUGCACCAGGUGCUCCUAUUUCUCCAUAGUGGCUUUAUGAUGGGACUUCGACCCAACACUCUACGUCGACAUGCGUCUACUCUGUCAUCCAUUCUCUCAGUGUCCUCUCCUGGAGAUCAUAUUUCCUCACAUCCGUUCAUCAAACGUUUUUUGAGGGGAGUCGCCCUACGCUCUCCGGCUGUUGUCCAUCGGUUCCCCUCAUGGAGUUUGCCGAAAGUUCUGCAGGCUUUGCAACGCCCUCCGUUUGAACCCAUCAGAACUGUGCCCCUAUGUAUUCUGUCCUUCAAGGUCCUGUUUCUGAUUGCAAUCACAUCUGCCAGACGCGUUUCGGAGUUGGGCGCAUUGUCUUCCGCUAGACACCUCUGCGUCUUCCAUAAGGACUCUGUUGUGCUGAAGACUGACCCUUCCUUUCGUCCCAAGGUCGAUUCAGUUUUUCAUUGCAACCAGGACAUUGUUUUGCCUUCCUUUUGCCCGAAUCCUACCCAUCCUCUCGAGAAGGCUUGGCAUUCGUUGGAUGUCCGGAGGGCUCUCAAGACCUACCUGUCUAGGACCCAAGAGAUUCGACGAACGGAGUCUCUGUUUGUAUCCUUUCAUCCAGGGUCUAUGGGGCAUAAAGUAUCCAAUCCUACCUUAUCCCGUUGGUUAAGGGCAUGCAUUACCUUAGCAUAUGAGUCCCUGAAGCUGCCAGUUCCUGCUAGUAUAACAGCUCAUUCUACUAGGUCAGCUGCCACUUCGGCUGCUUUUGCUACUAAUGCUCCUGUUGCCGAUAUUUGUAGGGCCGCAGUCUGGUCUUCCCCACACUCGUUUAUAAGACAUUAUAAAAUUGAUCGUUAUGCCUCUGCUGAUGCUUCUUUUGGCAGACGAGUGUUGCAACAGGUUCUUAAUGAGGAUUAACAUGUGGGUGGUCCCUCCCUAUAUGGGUUGCUUUGGUACAUCCCACAGUGAUGGCCCACUUCCUAUGGAAAAUGUACCAUUGGUCUCACCUGAAAGGUGAUUUUCAUAGGAAGGGGCCAUCACGACCCUCCCAGUUGGAGGAUGACUAGUGAUUUUAUCAAUGGGUUAUAUGUUAUUGUUUCCAUAUUAUAUUUAAAUGUAAGAGUGAAGUCAAGACUUUUAGUUCUGUUAUGUUAUGUAGUUAGGUUAGAGUCAUGUUGUUAUGC